UUCUCUUUCUCUUGCAUUUCCCUUUUCUAAUAAAGCAGAGCCCUAUUCAUUCUUCAGACAGCAGUUGUUUUUGUUAUAAUCGAGAACCCCUAGUCAUUGCUGACAAUAUCUCACCUAGGAUCCUGCGAAAUUUGUUGUUUUAGUAAAGUUUUCUUCAUCAUUGUGAUUUGGUGAGGUCUGCAAAUGGGGAGGCAUUCUUGUUGUUUCAAGCAGAAGCUAAGGAAAGGUCUUUGGUCUCCCAAUGAAGACGAGAAGCUUUUAAGUCAUAUCACAAAACACGGCCAUGGUUGCUGGAGCUCUGUCCCUAAACAAGCUGGUCUGCAGAGGUGUGGAAAGAGCUGCAGAUUAAGGUGGAUUAAUUAUUUGAGGCCUGAUUUAAAGAGAGGCACAUUCUCUCAAGAGGAAGAGAACCUCAUAAUUGAACUUCAUUCAGUUUUGGGUAACAGGUGGUCCCAAAUAGCUGCACAAUUGCCGGGAAGAACCGACAACGAAAUUAAGAAUCUAUGGAACUCUUGCUUGAAGAAGAAGCUUAGGCAGAGGGGCAUUGACCCUGUCACUCACAAACCCUUAUCCGAGGCUGAGGAAGGAGAAGACAACAAGCAGACGAACAGCAAGGACAUGGCUUCUGGGUCAGCUUCUCCGAGCUUGAAGACGAUGAACAGAGGCGAUAAAUUCUCGACCAACAAUCUGCAGCCAUCCGAUUUGGUGGGGCAUCUUCCGAUUCAACAACUAUACUAUGCGUCGAAUGCGAGCCUCUCGUCCAGCUCGAAUCCUCCUCUCUGGUUCAACCAAACCAGCCAAGCUGAUUUCUCUUCGGCCACCAUGUCCACUUUUGUCCCGCCAUUGACGACGACCUCCUUCCCCUCUGCUCCCAUGGGGUUCAAGCCUUCCGUCACUGUAAAUGGUUCCCAGUAUUGGGAAACUGGAGCCGCCUCGGCCAACAACAGUAACAGCAGCAACAACAGCACCGAGCUACAAAGCAACAGAUGUAGCACACCAGAGAAAGGGACUCCUCCUUACACAAUCCAUCUAAUGGAAAAUCAAGCUGAAGAAAUCAAAUGGGCUGAAUACCUCAAUAACCCAUUGUUAAUGGCGGCUGCUUUGGAAAACCAAACUCCACAAUUAUACAACACCGACAUCAAAUCAGAAACAGAUUUCUUCACUAAUAAUUCAUCAAACACCAUGUGGCCUCAUAACCAGCAACAGCAGCUUAUGGACACAUUUAGCUUUGCAUCAAUGAAAGUGAACAACUUGACUUGAACCGAGACCAUUCUCGUGUGUCAGGUCUGCAUCACAGUUUUUUUUUCUUUUAAUUCUCGUGUAUAUAGGUCUGAUACAAAGAUUAAUUAUCAGCUCUGCUUUGGGAGCAACUCAAACUUGUUAGUAUCUUCUUUUGCUUUGUGGGAUGCAAGUCCGUUGAAUAAGGCUUGUUUGGGUGUCUUUUAGUCAUCUUUGCCGGUGGCCAUAUUUGAGCUUUGGAAUGUUGCAAUUCUGUAUGUACUGUUGACAAGAAGAACAAGGAAGAAUAUUU